AUGACGAGCUUGAGUAAAUUUGCUGUUGCUUUUUCUUUAAAAUGCAUAAUCUUCAACCUCCUGCUGGUGCAGCUGAGCCUCCAAACUCUCUAGCCUCCAAAACUCUUCUCCAUUGGAGGGACAUGAUACAGAUUAUCCUUGCCUUUGUUUACCAGUUCAAGGCAAAUAUGCAUGGACCCUCAAAUCUGAUUUGAAGCUCCUGGAACGAUUUCACUCCAUUUCUGCAAUUGGGAAGGAUCACAUGUGGCCGCAAAUAGAAGAGUGACCGUUCUUCAUCUUCAAUCUAAAGGCGUUCUAGGUGGUUCUCUGUCUCCUGUUGGUUCUCUGUCUCCUUACGUAGGAAACAUGAGUUUCCUUAGGAAGCUUAGCCUUCCAAACAACGACUUGCAAGGUGAAAUCCCACCUGAAUUCGGCUACUUGUUCAGGCUUCAAAUUCUAGAUCUUGGCAACAACUCCAUUGAAGGGAAAAUCCCAGUUGAGUUGUCCAACUGCUCUAAUCUUCAGGGUCUUGCGUUACCGCGCAACAAACUAGCGGGAAGUAUUCCAUUUCAGCUUUCCAGUUUGUCUAAACUUACUGCACUUUUUAUUCACAAAAAUUAUUUGAAUGGAACCAUUCCACCUUCCUUGGGCAAUCUUACCUCAUUGGAAAUCUUAGGUGCAGCAGGAAAUUUCUUGUUUGGAACUAUUCCUGAUACCCUUGGCCAGCUCAAGCAUUUGUCAAUUUUUGAUAUUUCAACAAAUAAACUCGCAGGUGUAAUUCCUCCUGCCAUUUAUAAUAUUUCAACCAUCACCGGUUUUUCUGUGUACGAGAAUCUACUUCAUGGAAGUAUUCCAUCAAAUAUUGGCCUUCUCCUUCCACAACUUCAGUUCAUACAGAUAUGGGGAAACAAUUUUAGUGGUUCCCUUCCGGUUUCGUUAUCAAAUGCUACGAAACAGAUCGAUUUAUCACUUAACAACUUCAUUGGAAAAGUAGAUGUUCACUUUGAAGCCCUACCUUUACUGAGUUUCUUAAUGUUGGGUGGAAACAGUCUUGGAAGCAAAGAAGGUGAUGAUUUGAAUUUUAUUACCUCUUUGCUCAAUCAUAGCCAUUUGAGUGUAUUAGAUUUGGAGCAUAAUAGGCUAAAUGGAAUUUUGCCGAAUUCGAAAGCUAAUCUAUCUUCAUCUCUCCAAUUUCUCUCUCCAAUUUCUAAUAUUGGGCAUAAUCAAAUAUAUGGAACACUUCCUCAAUGGCUUUUUACUCUUGUUAGCUUAACAACAAUGAGUAUAGAAGUUAACCAAAUUACAGGUACUAUUCCCAUGGAGAUUGUUAAUCUUGAAAAUUUGCAAUUGCUAAUUCUUGAUCAUAAUAGAUUAUCAGGACCAGUUCCAUCAUCCAUAGGCAAUCUAUCAUCAUUGAUUCGGCUUCAUUUGCAUAACAACAAUUUUCAUAGUACCUUACCUUCUAAUCUUGAAAAUUGGCGUAACAUGUUGUUCUUGGAUCUUUCUAGAAGCAACUUCAUUGGUUCCAUUCCUAAACAGCUUUUUUCUAUCCCUACCAUGCUAGUUUCAAUAAAUUUAUCUCUAAACAACUUCGAAGGAACACUUUCAUCAGAAAUUGGCAAUUUGUUCAAUUUGAAUGAAUUCUCUUCAGAGCACUUACUUGGUAUGGGAAGCGUUGGUACUGUCUAUAAAGGAAAUCUUGAGGAGAAUGGAGGAUUCACUGCAGUAAAAGUAGUCAACUUUCAACAACUGGGUGGUGGAAAGAUUUUCAUGGCUGAAUGCAAAGUCUUGCAAAAUAUACGUCACAGAAAUCUUGUGCCAAUCAUAACUUCUUGCUCGAGUAUAGAUUUUCAAGGAAAUGAUUUUAAAGCACUUGUUUACGAGUACAUGCCAAAUGGGAACCUCGAAAAGUGGCUGCAUCGAUCUGGGUUCUGAAAUGCACAAUCAGCCAAUUGAGCAACUAAGAAUAAACCCCUUCUUCAAAGAUUGAAUAUUUCGAUAGUAGUGGGGAAUGCACUAGAUUAUCUUCAUCGCGUGUCUGCCACGAUCCAAUCAUUCAUUGUGAUCUUAAAUCCAAUCAUUCAUUGUGAUCUAAAGCCAAGUAACAUCCUUCUUGACAAUGAUAUGGUUGCUCAUAUUGGAGAUUUUGGUCUAGCAAAAUUUCUCCCUCAACUGAUGAAUCCAGUUCAAAGUAGUUCUCUUGGUGUAAGAGGAACAAUUGGCUAUACCGCUCCAGAAUAUGGUUUAGGAAGUGAGCUAUCAACAAGUGGAGAUGUUUAUAGCUAUGGAAUCCUUUUGUUGGAGAUGAUGACAGGAAAAAAACCUACUGAUGGUAUUUUUGCAGAAGGUCUUAACCUUCACAAUCACAAUUUUGCUAGAAUGGCAUUACCUGAUAAUGUGUUGGAGAUUGCAGACCCAGCACUCUUGCAAGAAGAUGAAGGUGUAAUGGAAGGAAGGAAAGUUGGAUGCUUAAUUGGCAUAAUUAAGGUUGGGGUUUCAUGUUCUAUUGAGUCUCCUCAUGAUAGAAUGGACAUGGGUACUGCAGUCAGCGAGUUGCUUUCAAUUAGAAAUAAUUAUGUGCGAAUUAGAAAAACAGAGCCUUCCAUGCAUAGAAAAUCAUGAAGCUGAAAUCUGAACAAGUGAAAGCAGCUAAAGGAGCAGUUUCAUUUGGAUUUUCUUGUAAUUUGGAUGGUGAAGCUUUCUGUAACCUUUGAGGUUGUUAAUCUAUUUGAUAAUUUUUUUUUUCUUUUCAUCGUAAGUAUAUAUUACUGCACAUUAAACCUUUUUACAUAGAUUUUGCUGGUUCAAGCUUAACUACUUAAACAGUCCAAUGAAGAGCUUAAUUUUUUAAA